CCUCCUGGGAGAAGGCUCUGGAGUGAGGAGGGGAGGGCGGCAGUGCUGGCUGGACAGCUGCUCUGGUCAGGAAAGAGAAGGACAGAGAAGAGACACAUACAGAGAGACGACAAGGAAAGGAAAGACCCAGAGGGACCCACAGCAAGCCUCAGAGCCAGAGAGAGGAAGAGGGGACGUGUAUUGCAGACUGUCCUGUACCCGUGACCCCAACUUCCUGAGUGCUCCGUGCAGGUGGCAGCUGUGCCAGGCUGGCAGGUCACUGAGAGUGGGCAGCUGAGCCCCAGAACUGUGCCUGGCUGAGUGGGCAGCAGGGGCUCCUGACUUGGGACCAUGGUGAUUCUUCAGCAGGGGGACUAUGUGUGGAUGGACCUGAGAUCGGGGCAGGAGUUCGAUGUGCCCAUCGGGGCAGUGGUGAAGCUCUGUGACUCUGGGCAGAUCCAGGUGGUGGACGAUGAAGGCAAUGAUCACUGGAUCUCCCCGCAAAACGCCACACACAUCAAGCCUAUGCACCCCACGUCGGUCCACGGCGUGGAGGACAUGAUCCGCCUGGGGGACCUCAACGAGGCGGGCAUCUUGCGUAACCUGCUCAUCCGCUAUCGGGACCACCUCAUUUACACGUACACAGGCUCCAUCCUGGUGGCUGUGAACCCCUACCAGCUGCUUUCCAUCUACUCACCAGAGCACAUCCGCCAGUAUACCAACAAGAAGAUUGGGGAGAUGCCCCCCCACAUCUUUGCCAUCGCUGACAACUGCUACUUCAACAUGAAACGCAACAGCCGUGACCAGUGCUGCAUCAUCAGUGGGGAAUCUGGGGCCGGGAAGACGGAGAGCACGAAGCUGAUCCUGCAGUUCCUGGCAGCCAUCAGUGGGCAGCACUCGUGGAUUGAGCAGCAGGUCUUGGAGGCCACCCCCAUUCUGGAAGCAUUCGGGAAUGCCAAGACCAUCCGCAACGACAACUCAAGCCGUUUCGGAAAGUACAUCGACAUCCACUUCAGUAAGCGGGGAGCCAUCGAGGGUGCCAAGAUUGAGCAGUACCUGCUGGAGAAGUCGCGCGUCUGCCGCCAGGCCCCAGAUGAAAGGAACUACCACGUGUUCUACUGCAUGCUGGAGGGCAUGAGUGAGGAUCAGAAAAAGAAGCUGGGCCUGGGCCAGGCCUCCGACUACAACUACUUGGCCAUGAAGAGGCACCAGCACCCCCAGAUGUGGAGAAUGAGCUUCUGGGAAAAGCUUUCUAGACUGCAGACUUUCUGGAGGAGUUAUGGUGCUCACCGGGGUAACUGCAUAACCUGCGAGGGCCGGGUGGACAGCCAGGAGUACGCCAACAUCCGCUCCGCCAUGAAGGUGCUCAUGUUCACUGACACUGAGAACUGGGAGAUCUCGAAGCUCCUGGCCGCCAUCCUGCACCUGGGCAACCUGCAGUAUGAGGCCCGCAUGUUUGAAAACCUGGACGCCUGUGAGGUCCUCUUCUCCCCGUCGCUGGCCACAGCUGCAUCCCUGCUUGAGGUGAACCCCCCAGACCUGAUGAGCUGCUUGACCAGUCGCACUCUCAUCACCCGCGGGGAGACGGUGUCCACCCCACUGAGCAGGGAGCAGGCGCUGGACGUACGCGAUGCCUUCGUCAAGGGGAUCUAUGGGCGGCUGUUCGUGUGGAUUGUGGAUAAGAUCAAUGCAGCGAUUUACAAGCCUCCCUCCCAGGAUGUGAAGAACUCUCGCAGGUCCAUUGGCCUCCUGGACAUCUUUGGGUUUGAGAAUUUUGCUGUGAACAGCUUCGAGCAGCUCUGCAUCAACUUCGCCAAUGAGCAUCUGCAGCAGUUCUUUGUGCGGCACGUGUUCAAGUUGGAGCAGGAGGAGUAUGACCUGGAGAGCAUCGACUGGCUGCACAUCGAGUUCACCGACAACCAGGACGCCCUGGACAUGAUCGCCAACAAGCCCAUGAACAUCAUCUCCCUCAUCGACGAGGAGAGCAAGUUCCCCAAGGGCACAGACACCACCAUGCUGCACAAGCUGAACUCCCAGCACAAGCUCAACACGAACUACAUUCCCCCCAAGAACAAUCACGAGACCCAGUUUGGCAUCAACCACUUUGCAGGCAUUGUCUACUAUGAGACCCAAGGCUUCCUGGAAAAGAACCGAGACACCCUGCAUGGGGACAUCAUCCAGUUGGUCCACUCCUCCAGGAACAAGUUUAUCAAGCAGAUCUUCCAGGCCGAUGUCGCCAUGGGCGCCGAGACCAGGAAGCGGUCACCCACACUCAGCAGCCAGUUCAAGCGGUCGCUGGAGCUGCUGAUGCGCACGCUGGGUGCCUGCCAGCCCUUCUUUGUGCGAUGCAUCAAGCCUAAUGAGUUCAAGAAGCCCAUGCUGUUCGACCGACACCUGUGCGUGCGCCAGCUGCGGUACUCGGGGAUGAUGGAGACCAUCCGAAUCCGCCGAGCCGGCUACCCCAUCCGCUACAGCUUCGUGGAGUUUGUGGAGCGGUACCGUGUGCUGCUGCCGGGUGUGAAGCCAGCCUACAAGCAGGGAGACCUUCGAGGGACAUGCCAGCACAUGGCUGAGGCUGUGCUGGGCACCCACGAUGACUGGCAGAUUGGCAAAACCAAGAUCUUUCUGAAGGACCACCAUGACAUGCUGCUGGAAGUGGAGCGGGACAAAGCCAUCACUGACAGAGUGAUCCUCCUCCAGAAGGUCAUCCGGGGGUUCAAAGACAGGUCUAACUUCCUGAAGCUGAAGAAUGCUGCCACACUGAUUCAGAGGCACUGGCGGGGCCACAACUGCAGGAAGAACUAUGGGCUGAUGCGUCUGGGCUUCCUGAGGCUGCAGGCCCUGCACCGCUCCCGGAAGCUGCACCAGCAGUACCGCCUGGCCCGCCAGCGAAUCAUCCAGUUCCAGGCCCGCUGCCGUGCCUACCUGGUGCGCAAGGCCUUCCGCCACCGCCUCUGGGCUGUGCUCACCGUGCAGGCCUAUGCCCGGGGCAUGAUCGCCCGCAGGCUGCACCAACGCCUCAGGGCCGAGUACCUGUGGCGCCUCGAGGCUGAGAAAAUGCGGCUGGCGGAGGAGGAGAAGCUCCGGAAGGAGAUGAGCGCCAAGAAGGCCAAGGAGGAGGCUGAGCGCAAGCAUCAGGAGCGCCUGGCCCAGCUGGCUCGUGAGGACGCCGAGCGGGAGCUGAAGGAGAAGGAGGCCGCUCGGCGGAAGAAGGAACUCCUGGAGCAGAUGGAACGGGCCCGUCACGAGCCUGUCAAUCACUCAGACAUGGUGGACAAGAUGUUUGGCUUCCUGGGGACUUCAGGUGGUCUGCCAGGCCAGGAGGGCCAGGCACCUAGUGGCUUCGAGGACCUGGAGCGAGGGCGGAGGGAGAUGGUGGAGGAGGACCUGGAUGCAGCCCUGCCCCUGCCUGACGAGGAUGAGGAGGACCUCUCUGAGUAUAAAUUUGCCAAGUUUGCUGCCACCUACUUCCAGGGGACAACCACACACUCCUAUACCCGGCGGCCACUCAAACAGCCACUGCUCUACCAUGAGGAUGAGGGGGACCAGCUGGCAGCUCUAGCGGUCUGGAUCACCAUCCUCCGGUUCAUGGGGGACCUCCCUGAGCCCAAGUACCACACCGCCAUGAGUGAUGGCAGCGAGAAGAUCCCCGUGAUGACCAAGAUUUAUGAGACCCUGGGCAAGAAGACGUACAAGAGGGAGCUGCAGGCCCUGCAGGGCGAGGGUGAGGCCCAGCUCCCCGAGGGCCAGAAGAAGAGCAGUGUGAGGCACAAGCUGGUGCAUUUGACCCUGAAAAAGAAGUCCAAGCUCACAGAGGAGGUGACCAAGAGACUGCACGAUGGGGAGUCCACAGUGCAGGGCAACAGCAUGCUGGAGGACCGGCCCACCUCCAACCUGGAGAAGCUGCACUUCAUCAUCGGCAACGGCAUCCUGCGGCCAGCACUCCGGGACGAGAUCUACUGCCAGAUCAGCAAGCAGCUGACACACAACCCCUCCAAGAGCAGCUAUGCCCGGGGCUGGAUCCUCGUGUCUCUCUGUGUCGGCUGUUUUGCCCCCUCCGAGAAGUUUGUCAAGUACCUGCGGAACUUCAUCCAUGGGGGCCCUCCUGGCUACGCCCCGUACUGUGAGGAACGCCUGAGAAGGACUUUUGUCAAUGGAACACGGACACAGCCGCCCAGCUGGCUGGAGCUGCAGGCCACCAAGUCCAAGAAGCCAAUCAUGUUGCCCGUGACAUUCAUGGACGGGACCACCAAGACCCUGCUGACAGACUCAGCGACCACCGCCAAGGAGCUCUGCAACGCACUGGCCGACAAGAUCUCUCUCAAGGACCGCUUUGGGUUCUCCCUCUACAUUGCCCUGUUUGACAAGGUGUCUUCCCUGGGCAGUGGCAGCGACCACGUCAUGGACGCCAUCUCCCAGUGUGAGCAGUACGCCAAGGAGCAGGGCGCCCAGGAGCGCAACGCCCCCUGGAGGCUCUUCUUCCGCAAAGAGGUCUUCACGCCCUGGCACAGCCCCUCCGAGGACAAUGUGGCCACCAACCUCAUCUACCAGCAGGUGGUGCGAGGAGUCAAGUUUGGGGAAUACAGGUGUGAGAAGGAGGACGACCUGGCUGAGCUGGCCUCCCAGCAGUACUUUGUGGACUAUGGCUCUGAAAUGAUCCUGGAGCGCCUCCUGAACCUUGUGCCUACCUACAUCCCUGACCGUGAGAUCACACCCCUGAAGACGCUGGAGAAGUGGGCCCAGCUGGCCAUUGCCGCCCACAAGAAGGGGAUUUAUGCCCAGAGGAGAACUGAUGCCCAGAAGGUGAAAGAAGAUGUGGUCAAUUAUGCCCGCUUCAAGUGGCCCUUGCUCUUCUCCAGGUUUUAUGAAGCCUACAAAUUCUCAGGCCCCAGCCUCCCCAAGAAUGACGUCAUUGUGGCCGUGAACUGGACAGGCGUGUACUUUGUGGAUGAGCAGGAGCAGGUCCUUCUGGAGCUGUCCUUCCCAGAGAUCAUGGCCGUGUCCAGCAGCAGGGGAGUGAAAAUGACUGCCUCCAGCUUCACGCUGGCCACCAUCAAGGGGGACGAAUACACCUUCACCUCCAGCAAUGCCGAGGACAUUCGUGACCUGGUGGUCACCUUCCUAGAGGGGCUCCGGAAGAGAUCUAAGUAUGUUGUGGCCCUGCAAGAUAACCCCAACCCUGCGGGCGAGGAGUCAGGUUUCCUCAGCUUUGCCAAGGGAGACCUCAUCAUCCUGGACCACGACACGGGCGAGCAGGUCAUGAACUCAGGCUGGGCCAACGGCAUCAAUGAGAGGACCAAGCAGCGUGGGGACUUCCCCACUGACUGUGUGUACGUCAUGCCCACUGUCACCAUGCCACCGCGGGAGAUUGUGGCCCUAGUCACUAUGACUCCCGACCAGAGGCAGGACGUCCUCCGGCUCUUGCAGCUGCGAACGACGGAGCCUGAGGUGCGCGCCAAGCCCUACACGCUGGAGGAGUUCUCCUAUGACUACUUCAGGCCCCCACCCAAGCACACGCUGAGCCGUGUCAUGGUGUCCAAGGCCCGAGGCAAGGACCGGCUGUGGAGCCACACACGGGAACCACUCAAGCAGGCGCUGCUCAAGAAGCUCCUGGGCAGCGAGGAGCUCUCGCAGGAGGCCUGCCUGGCCUUCAUUGCCAUGCUCAAGUACAUGGGUGACUACCCAUCCAAGAGGACACGCUCUGUCAACGAGCUCACCGACCAGAUCUUUGAGGGCGCCCUGAAAGCUGAGCCGCUGAAGGAUGAGGCGUAUGUGCAGAUCCUGAAGCAGCUGACUGACAACAACAUCAGGUACAGCGAGGAGCGGGGCUGGGAGCUGCUCUGGCUGUGCACGGGCCUCUUCCCACCCAGCAACAUCCUCCUGCCCCAUGUGCAGCGCUUCCUGCAGUCCCGAAAGCACUGCCCACUCGCCAUCGACUGCCUACAGCGGCUCCAGAAAGCCCUGAGAAAUGGGUCCCGGAAGUACCCCCCACACCUGGUGGAGGUGGAGGCCAUCCAGCACAAGACCACCCAGAUUUUCCACAAGGUCUACUUCCCUGACGACACCGACGAGGCCUUCGAAGUGGAGUCCAGCACCAAGGCCAAGGACUUCUGCCAGAACAUUGCAACUCGGCUGCUCCUCAAGUCCUCAGAGGGAUUCAGCCUCUUUGUCAAAAUUGCCGACAAGGUCAUCAGCGUGCCUGAGAAUGACUUCUUCUUCGACUUCGUUCGGCACCUGACAGACUGGAUAAAGAAAGCUCGGCCCAUCAAGGACGGAAUUGUGCCGUCACUCACCUACCAGGUGUUCUUCAUGAAGAAGCUGUGGACCACUACGGUGCCAGGGAAGGACCCCAUGGCUGAUUCCAUCUUCCACUAUUACCAGGAGUUGCCCAAGUAUCUCCGAGGCUACCACAAGUGCACGCGGGAGGAGGUGCUGCAGCUGGGGGCGCUGAUCUAUAGGGUCAAGUUUGAGGAGGACAAGUCCUACUUCCCCAGCAUCCCCAAGCUGCUGCGGGAGCUGGUGCCCCAGGACCUUAUCCGGCAGGUCUCGCCUGAUGACUGGAAGCGGUCCAUUGUCGCCUACUUCAACAAGCAUGCGGGGAAGUCCAAGGAGGAGGCCAAGCUGGCCUUCCUGAAGCUCAUCUUCAAGUGGCCCACCUUUGGCUCAGCAUUCUUCGAGGUGAAGCAAACUACAGAGCCAAACUUCCCUGAGAUCCUCCUAAUUGCCAUCAACAAGUAUGGGGUCAGCCUCAUCGAUCCGAGAACAAAGGACAUCCUCACCACUCACCCCUUCACCAAGAUCUCCAAUUGGAGCAGCGGCAAUACUUACUUCCACAUCACCAUCGGGAACCUGGUGCGCGGGAGCAAACUGCUCUGCGAGACGUCACUGGGCUAUAAGAUGGAUGACCUCCUGACUUCCUACAUUAGCCAGAUGCUCACAGCCAUGAGCAAACAGCGGGGCUCCAGAAGCGGCAAGUGAACAGUCAGGGGGAGGGGCUGGUUCCAUGUCUGCUCUCGAGGCAGCAGCGGGCUCAGGCCCACCAGCUACCCCUGAAGCUGGGGAAGACCUCUUCCAUCCUGGCAUAGAGGCUAGGCUGGCCAACCACCACUGACCUUACCGACUGGGCCUCUGAUGUUCUUCCAGUGAAGCAUCUCUCUGGGAUGCAGAACUUCCUGCCAUCCACCCCUCUGGCGCCUGGGUUGGUCUAGUCCUAGCUUGCUGUGGCCUUCCCAGUUGUGAGAGCCUAUCAUUCUUAGAUGCUUCUCCUGUCUUAUACCAGCCCCACCAUGCAACUUUCUUUGACUUUCUAUGUACCAAUGGGAUAGAGGAAUCAAGAGGACAACCUAGCUCUCCAUACUUGGAACAACCAAACCAAAUAUGCAUUGACUACUCUGAAACUGAAGGGACUGGAUCUGCAGGUGGGAUGAGGGAGACACAACACUUUUAUAUAUUGCUGUGUGAGUGCUGGGCUCCUGCUUGAGUCUCCCCCCUGAUCACCUCAGGGCAUAAAGCAUGUUUCAUCCUCUGG